GUGAGGAAAAUCGAUAUGAGCCAUCCGGACCUCCAUACAGACAGAAGACCUGCCUGUCUUCUCGUGCAAAUCUUCUUUCGGUUUGGACAUAAACCGGCAUUAAAAAAAAAAAGAAAAAAAAAGCGGAUUCCGGGUGGAGUAAGUGGGUCAGGACCUCAGGUGCCCUAAGUUCGAGUUUCCCGAUCCCCAUUUUUCUGACUCCCUAUUGGGAUCCGUCACCGGCGGCUUUUGUUUUGGCGACUUCAGUCUUUUAUCCUAGAACACCUAAAUCUUGCUGCUUCGAACAAUGGCGAUGUUGGUAGCGUCUCGUCGACUAUCCAUUGGAUCAAGGACUGUGACGACGUCCCUCUUCAGAUGCUUUUCUACCUCUUUUAGGGAGGAAAGAGACACUUUUGGACCCAUUCUCGUUCCAUCUGACAAGUUGUGGGGAGCUCAAACUCAAAGAUCACUUCAGAACUUUGAAAUUGGUGGUGAGCGAGAACGGAUGCCUGAGCCAAUUAUACGUGCAUUUGGCAUUCUUAAAAAGUGUGCUGCCAAGGUGAAUAUGGAGUAUGGUCUUGAUCCUGUUAUUGCAAAGGCAAUAAUGCAGGCUGCGCAAGAAGUUGCAGAGGGGAAACUAAAUGAUCAUUUUCCUCUGGUGGUUUGGCAAACUGGAAGUGGCACUCAAAGUAACAUGAAUGCCAAUGAGGUUAUUGCAAAUAGAGCUGCUGAAAUCCUAGGGCACAAGCGUGGUGGGAAGUUUGUUCACCCAAAUGACCAUGUGAACAGGUCUCAGUCUUCAAAUGACACCUUUCCAACAGUAAUGCAUAUUGCAGCUGCAGUGGAAGUAAAUUCGAGAUUAAUACCGAAUCUCAAACAGUUGCAAACGAGUCUGCACUCAAAGUCGAUUGAAUUCAAAGACAUAGUUAAAAUUGGGCGUACACACACUCAAGAUGCUACACCUUUGACACUUGGACAGGAGUUUAGUGGGUAUACAACACAAGUGAAGUAUGGGAUUGAUCGAGUCUUGUGCACUCUUCCUCGUCUGUAUCAGCUUGCACAGGGAGGCACUGCUGUAGGAACUGGUUUGAACACGAAGAAAGGGUUUGAUGUGAAAAUUGCUGCUGCUGUGGCAGAGGAGACAAAGUUACCAUUUGUAACAGCUGAAAACAAGUUUGAAGCACUUGCUGCUCAUGAUGCAUUUGUUGAAACUAGUGGAGCCCUAAAUACAGUUGCUACUUCUCUUAUGAAGAUUGGAAAUGAUAUUCGUUUCUUGGGAAGUGGUCCACGGUGUGGUCUGGGCGAACUUAUUCUUCCUGAAAAUGAACCUGGCAGCAGUAUUAUGCCGGGGAAAGUGAACCCCACUCAGUGUGAAGCGCUCACCAUGGUCUGUGCUCAGGUUAUGGGAAACCAUGUUGCCAUCACAGUCGGUGGAUCAAAUGGCCAUUUUGAGCUGAAUGUAUUCAAGCCUCUGAUUGCCAGUUGUCUUCUGCAUUCUUUGAGAUUGAUUGGUGAUGCAUCUUCCUCCUUUGAGAAGAAUUGUGUGAGGGGAAUUCAAGCCAAUAGGGAAAGGAUCGCUAAAUUGUUACACGAGUCACUCAUGCUAGUCACUUCUUUAAAUCCUAAAAUUGGGUAUGAUAAUGCUGCUGCAGUAGCCAAGAAAGCCCACAAGGAGGGAAGUACUCUGAAGGAAGCUGCCUUAAAUCUGGGAGUUCUGACCUCCGAAGAAUUUGACACACUUGUAGUGCCAGAGAAGAUGAUUGGUCCCAGCGACUAAGUUGCCACCGAAACCAAACAACUACUCGGGACUGGGACAGCUAAAUUUGUUUUUUCUAUUGCAAUAAUGGAUGGGGAAAUGCAUUGGCUCUGUUUUAUCCUAUUCUAAGCAGUUCUUUAUCAAAAUUAAUAGGAUGCGAAAAGUUGGGAAAGCCUGUAUACAAUUUUGUAGUAGAAGCAGGGAAUAAUAUCAGAUGCAGAGACAACGAAAUGCAUGUGUGACGGCAGUGUUGCAAUUGCGCAAAGUUGUAGUUGUGGUUGUCACUCUGCGAAUUCAUUCACUUGGCAACUAUAAUUGAAAUUCUGGGCAGCUGCUGCUUCUAAUUUCUCCA